GAAACUGCCGAGGAGCUCGCUAAAAUAUUUGAAUGAUGCUCGCUGUUGCUGGUACAAACCAGCAGAAUCUGAACGAACAAGUACUGGAUAUACUCUCAAGAUGCAAUCACCUCAAUCAUCUCAAGCAACUUCAAUCCUUCCUCGUCACUCUUGGUCACUCCAAUUCUCAAUUCUACGUCUUCAAGCUCCUCCGCUUCUGCACCCUCAAACUCCCCGACCUUGCUUAUGCUCGCUUCAUCUUCAAUCAUCUUCACCACCCCAAUAUCUACCUGUACACUGCCAUGCUCACUGCUUAUGCAUCUCAGUCUGAUCCCACUUCCGCCUUUGCUUUUUACCGCCACAUGGUCCGUCGAGGACGCCCUGCGCCUAAUCAGUUCAUAUACCCUCACGUUCUGAAGUCCACACCUCAGGUCUCGGUUCCUUACGGGACGAAACUGGUGCACGCUGCCAUAGUCAAAUCCGGUUUUUGCCAAUACCCCGUUGUGCAAACGGCUCUUGUUGAUUCAUAUUCCAGGUCCGGUUCUCAUAUCGGGAUUGCCAGGGAACUGUUUGAUGAAAUGUCUGAGAGGAAUGUUGUGUCCUGGACUGCCAUGGUUUCGGGUUAUGCGAGAGCCGGGGAGCUUGGAGAUGCUUUAUCUCUAUUUGAAGAAAUGCCUGAUAAAGAUGUUCCAUCUUGGAACGCCAUUAUUGCAGGGUGUACUCAGAAUGGGAUGUUUCCUGAAGCAAUUUCUCUUUUCAGGAGAAUGAUAUUUGAAGGAAGACAACAUCACCUGAAUCGACCUAAUCAAGUAACCAUUGUGUGUACUCUCUCUGCUUGUGGCCACACGGGCAUGCUUCAGCUGGGUAAAGAGAUCCAUGCUUACGUUUAUAGGAAAAGUUUUGGUCUGGAUUCAUUUAUCUCCAAUGCUAUGGUCGAUAUGUAUGGCAAAUGUGGAAACUUGAAAGAGGCAAGAAUAGUCUUUGAGAUUAUUCCCAAGAAAAGCUUGACAUCUUGGAAUUCUAUGAUCAAUUGUUUCGCACUACAUGGCCAAAGUGAGUGGGCUAUUAGUGUGUUUGAGGAAAUGAUGCAGUUGGAAGAAUGUGAUGUAAGACCAGAUUAUAUCACCUUUAUUGGUCUGUUGAACGCAUGUACCCAUGGAGGAUUGAUAGAAAAAGGUAUUACUUAUUUUGACUUGAUGACUAAGAAGUAUGGGAUUCAAGCCAGAAUUGAGCACUAUGGAUGCUUAGUAGAUCUUCUUUGUAGAGCAGGCCGGUUUAAGGAAGCACUGGAUGUUGUUAGAACAAUGAAGAUUGAACCCGAUGAGGUUGUUUGGGGUUCAUUGCUUAAUGGAUGUAAAAAAUAUGGUCGUGCAGAUUUAGCAGAAUUUGCUAUUCAAAAACUUAUUGAAUUAGAUCCAAAUAAUGGGGGUUAUGGUACGAUGUUGGCAAAUUUGUAUGGAGAGUUAGGAAAGUGGGAUCAGGUACGUAAAGUCAGGAAGAUAUUAAAGGAGCGGGAUACUCCUAAAAUACCAGGUUGUAGUUGGAUUGAGGUUGAUAACCAAGUCCAUCAGUUCUAUUCUGUAGAUAAAUCGCAUCCUAGAACCGAGGAUAUAUACAUGACCUUGGAUAAAAUUGACUUUGAAGUUCAAUUUUAACUCCUUUUGCUUGUUUGCCGGUCCCGCAUCAGGCUUAAGAUAUGAAUACCUGGUUGCUAUGGGCUAUCGCAAUGUUUAACCAACCUGAAGGAAAAGAAGGAACGUGUCUUCUUCAUAGUUAAGACCAUUUGAGGCCUGUUCCUUGGAAAACACUUCCUUUCAACUGUGCUUUGAGAAAUGGAUUUCUCAACCACUCCCGAAGUAAUUGUGCAUUGAAGAAGAUAUCCUGCUGGACCAGAUUUUAUAUUAUCAGGUCCUUCUCUACUCCAGCAAUGCUGACCACCUUAGGACCCUUGAUCCUGUCAGGGGACAGCUUAACUAAGGACGAAGUCAACACACCAUCCUCAAGCUUGGCCUUGAAAUUGUACCUUAACCAUGGAGAAGCCAGAUAACGACAAGCUGAGUUUAGUGACUUUGUCUGGGCUAGCAUUUUUAAGACUUCCUUGGGAAGAUCUCCUUUUGUAAUGGUUAGUUCAGGUAAUAAAAAGUUUGGAGGGGAUGGACUCUCGAGUCACCAGUGCGCAUUGCGGAAGAUGUAAGGUCAUGUGAGAAUGCAAGCAGAACUUAUAGCAGAGAAGAGAACUUACUCUUAACUUAUUUCCACACAAAAAAAAAAGAGAACUUACUCUAAUUAAGCUUGAUUUUCUACUAUUACUCACUGAAGAUUACAUCUAAAAAACUUCUUAACCUUCUUGGAAGAGAAUACAUACUUCAAAUUUUUUCUC